AUGUGGGGAUCCUUCCGCGAUUUGGGGGUGGAAGCGUGCAUUCCGAGCAUUUUUCUUCUGCCGGGUCAUGAGCUGGCCCUUUGCCCUCGUUAUCUCCCCCCUCUAUCCGUCGCGCUCGCUAUCUCCUCUCCUUCCCCGUCGCCCUUGCUAUCUCCCCUCCCUCUCCGCCGCGCUCGCUAUCUCCCCUCCCUCUCCGCCGCGCUCGCUAUCUCCCCUCCCCUUCCCGUCCGUGCUCGCUAUCUCCCUUCCCUUCCCGUCGCGCUCGCUAUUUCCCCUUCCCGCCGCGUCACGCUCUCGCUAUUUCCCCUCCCCUUUCCGUCGUGCUCGCUAUUUCCCCUGCCCUUCUCGUCACGCUCGCUAUUUCCCCUCCCCUUCCCGUCCCCUUCACUAUCUCCCCUCCCCUUUCCGUCGCUCUCGCUAUUUCCCCUCCCCAUCCCGUCGUGCUCGCUAUUUCGCCUCCCCUUCCCGUCGCGCUCACUAUUUCCCCUCCCCCUCCUGUCGCGCUAG